UGAAGUGUGUUCAGCAAUUCACCCUUUGCUGUGCUUCCCCAGCUGUGCUGCAUUUCUGGAUUUCCUCUUUUUGAAGUUGUUCCAUUGCCAUUAGGAUCUUUGCCUAGGCCUUUGAAACUGGUCCCCACCCAUCCAUCUGCUUCGCGUUCCUUAUAUCUUCUGUUCUGUCAUAUAUACCAAGUUCUUUUUGCACUGUUGACCUGGCUCCUAAAUUUCCCAUUUUCUCAACCCCCCCUACAUAUUCUUCCUCCCCUUAUAUCCUGAUUCAGCAUCCCUAUGCUCCUCCUCCCCUAUUCUGUUUUGUUCCUUGCUCUGUUUGCCCCUUUUACUAAGAGAGGGGGUAUACAUGAAUGAAAAUGGUGGAUGGAUGGAUUUGCCCCUUGUGAUUUUUGUCCUUGGAAUCCUAGAAAUCAUUCAGGAGCACCUCCCUUGAAUGUUUGACUUUCUCAAGUGCAGCCUGAUGGCAGACUCCAAAAGGGGCGGGUCUGAGCCGGAAGAAAGUGGUAGGAAUGGCAGCAAGAAGCUGGAUGCAAUGACCCUCAUUAAAGAAGACAUGUCUAUCUUUGGUCACUGCCCAGCUCAUGAUGAGUUCUACCUGGUGGUGUGUAAUCACUGUGGCCAAGUGGUCAAACCUCAAGCCUUUCAGAAGCACUGCGAGAGACGACAUGGACCUCCCACGAAACUCUACGGCCGGAUGCAGUCCUCUUCACAUUUACAGAAGUGCCAUGCAGUCAAUGGGCGGUCCCUUCCCAGCGGAAGUCAUGGAUCCACCAAGUCCUGGCGGGAGAAAUCCCAGAGCUCCUAUAGUCAAGCCCAGCACACGCCUGAGAGGACAGACAAGAUGUCAAAGGACAACCUCUGUUUGUUUGUGCCUGUCGUGAACCUAGAGAAGAUCUCCAGCCUUCCAAAAUCAGACAGCGAUGGAAUCAAGGCCCCCCCAAAACCUUCUGACUCUGCCAUCCCCAGACAGCCUUUUGCUAGCUCAAAAGAGUUCCUGGGCAAGUCCCCCUCAGUGGCAUCACCAAAAGAAUCCCUCACGUCAGCCAAAGCAGGUGGCAACUCAGUCAUAUCUGCUGAUGGCUUGGGCAGGAAACUGGACAAUGCACCUGUUUUGGGAGAGAAGGAGCCUGGUGCUGUGAAAUCUCUGAAGAAGAUGUCACGGAAAGAAUGCGACUUGAACAGGCAGUGUGGGGUGGUGAACCCUGAAACCAAGAAGGUUUGCACUCGGCUACUGACCUGCAAGAUCCAUUCUGUCCAUCAGCGGCGUGAGGUGCAGGGGCGUGCAAAGGACUUUGAUGUCUUAGUGGCUGAGCUGAAGGCCAGUGGCAGGAAAGGGGAGUCCCCCAAAGAUAAGAGCCCAGUGAGGAAGGAAGCAGCUUCUGAACGACUCUUGCAAGAUUCCUCUGUACUCGCACAGCCAUCACUGGUCCUGCACAAUGCUUCUCCUUGCCGAAUAAAGCAACCCUACUCCCACUCUGCACUUUCCAGGUCUAGGGUUUCCUCCGAGAGUGAGCCUGAUGACCUGCCUACCACCUCUAGCGAAAUCGACCAUGGGCUUUACCCUUUUCCAGUGCCCAAGAACACUGGCCGGGUUUCGAGUGAGGAGAGUGAGGAUGACGCAGUGGAUGAAGCCCGCAAGAUGGAUUGCCAUUAUGCAACACGGUCGCCACGCCCUCAUGCAUUCUGCACUUUUGGAAGCAGGUUGGUGAGUCCUGGAUGUUACGUAUUCAGUCGACGGCUGGAUCGGUUCUGUUCUGCACUCAGUUCCAUGUUGGAGAAACAUCUCAGCUCACACAUGUGGAAAAGGAUUCCUCCAGCUGCUGAUCAUCAGAUUCUCUCCACACCAUCCCCUGUGCUUCUGGGCUUCUCCUCAUCCAGCACUUCUCAGAACAGCAGUUCCUCCCUGGUUUGCAGCCUACCCCACAGCAUCCCAGGCAGGACCUCUGUGUCUUGUGCGGCUUCAGCCACCGUGGCAUCCAGGGACAGCCGCAACCACCACAGUAUGAACUAUGCAGUGGUUUCGCCCCAUGCUGCAGCCGCCUGUAGCCAGUCAGACUGCACGGGUGGGAGUCAGUCCAUCACCUCCCCACUCCCAGCCAACACCCCUUCACCGUCGUUCAGCAAGUUGCCUUUGACCAAGGCCAGCAAGUCCUCCAAAGCCAAGGAGAUGGCUGGCAGCAUGGAGCCGGAGUCCUUGGCCCGGAAGCGCAAGCAGUCUCCCAGUGCCCCUGCUAGCCCACCGUAUAAACAGACCUGUUUCCUAGACCUGGGCAAGAGCAAGGCAGUUGGCUGCCAGGUCUCCCACCCCUCUGCCAAGGCCAAGCCUUCCGUGAUCUCUUCCUCUACUCUUUCCCUGAAUGGAACAGUUUCUGCAGGAGCCAGAAUCAAGAGGGUCAGCCAUCUGGACUGCAGGGCUCCCAGCCACAUCCCAGUCAAAGCUUCACAACUGGAGAACCGGGGCUCCUCACUGAAUGGGCCAAAAGCAUUGCAAGCCAAUUGCAUCUCGGAUGAGGAGGCCAAGAGACGCAAGAAUACAGCCACCUACUGUAGGCCGGUGAAGGCCAAGCACAAUCCCUCGCCUUUGCCUUCCUCUUCCUCAUCAGACUUGGGAGUCUCUGUCCGAAGAAAGAAGCCAGUGGUCUCUCUGGGCUUUGAGGAGAAGCAGAACACAAUGAAGUCAAAAGCGCAUUAACAGCAAGUGCCUGCGUUCUGCAGAAGGAGCCAACCCUUUGAGAACUCUGCCCCGGGCCCGAUUCAAAGUCUCUUUGCUUUUUUUUAUAACUUUAUAGUAUUUUUUUAAAGAAAAAAACCCUUGAAAAUA